AUGAUUCACGAAGCAGCCCAAAACCUCGAACCAGCGGCCAUUUGUGCCGCUGUCUCUGAUCUUCGUUUGGGUGGCAGCGACCCAUUCGUGGAUGGGGAACUCGAGGGAGGAGAAUGUCGCAUCUUUAAGAUCAGCUUCAAGGACCACCCGAGCCUUUCGGUGCGUAUCAAUCACCCUUUGCGCGAGAGCCAACAAGAUGCCAUUGCCAAUGUCGACAUGGAAACGCGUAUAAUUCGGACGCUUGAGGAAAAGGGCUUUCCCUGGUCCCCGCGUUAUCGCGCUGCCAGCCUUACCUUUGACAACCCAAUCAAUUAUCCCUUUGCGGUGCUCGAUUGGGCUGAAGGUGUCCCUCUACAAUGGGACGAUGAUUCCCCAUCACAACCUACUCGCGAUACCUUGCUGGCGCAGUUGGCUGCAAUCCAACUUUCCCUGAUAACGUGUACUAUGGAAAAUCGAUCUACGACUGCUACAGCUUUCUUCGAACGACGGAUUAAAAACCAACUGAAUCGCGUCAAAGACGGGGAGCUUCCUGGCAUUGCCGAGAAGGACUGCCUAGACCAGCUGGCGUUGCUGCCCAAGGUCCUCGGCCCCAAUGGAAACAGUACGCUUUUUGCUGUGGACCAUGGCGAUUUGAAGCCAAAUAACAUCAUUGUUGACCAAGAUAAUAACAUUAAAUGCAUCAUUGAUUGGGGUUUUGCAGCCAUGGCUCCCAUCGUGCAAGCUGCCAAGCUGCCCUGUUUCUUGUGGACUGAUGAUUCCGCCACUCAUGUCCCCAGCCAGGCCAUGCUGAGAGACAGGCAAGCAUACAUUAACUCGUUUCCUGCGCAGGACUCGCAGGCUUCUUUGCUAAUGCAGCGCUGGCAACGUGCCAAAGACGUGGACUUUCGCAUGCUCUACCUUGAGUCCAUAUCAAGCAAGGGAAUGCUUGCGUCCAUGGCUAGUGUAGGGUGGAAGCCUUCGUACUACGAACUUAUCGAAGAUGCAUAA